GGGAGAAAUUGUGGUUUGCGGGCCUCUGCAAGUGGUGGGGCUCGAUGUCCAUGUGAUUUGCUCAGCAAUCCGAUACUGACCGAACAGACCCUGUGCAGUUAGGCUGCAAUGCCUUUUAGGAAUGUCUUCGGGCUGAAAGUGCAGCCUUUGCACCAAGAUUCGGUCGCAAAAAGUUCCAGAAAUUUAACUAUUUGAGAUUCAUACAUAUCUUUGCGUCAAAUUAAAUCCUCCAAGUACCCUCAAACAAGCUAACGGUGUCCAUCCUAAACGCCUUCUACGAUGUCGCCAUGUUUUUAGCUGGAAGAAUCGGGAAUGAUAUGGAGCGCCCGGACCGUUGCCUAGACAAUAAUGAGUGGUGGCCCAGCCAAAUUGAUGACAGCCACCCAAUCCAUACUUUCAAUUCGACAACAAGCUCACAUUCACGAAAUGUCGUCACGACAGGACUCGGAUUUUGCGCGUCUGGAGCAGUUGCUUCAGGAAGAGCGGCGAAAUCGACGAGAAGCAGACGAGCAGGCAGAACAGGCCGACGAGAGGGCAAAACUGGAACGAAGAAAUCGACAAGAAGCCGAGUCUCGCGCUCAGAUCGAGGGAAAGAAGACAAAACCCACAACAUUCGAAGAAUACAUACGUGCCUGCCAUACACUUCUCUCGAAAUCACUUCGUAUCCAGACAGACAAGAGCCUUAGUACACAGGGUUCCAUUACCAGCCCCAAGAACAAGCCCUGCCCGACCCUGUUGAAGCCUUAGAGACGCAGCACUUUUUAGCUCCACCCAGUAUCUCACUGAGCUUGGGCAGGACCUCUGCGACAGACCAUUGUCAAGCGAGAGGGAUUUGGAGGCAUAUCAGCGCCUAGCCGUUGAGCGACCGACAAUACACAUUAUCUCCCACCUUCAACGAAUAGAAGAGGCUCACAGUACGUUUAAUCUGGGCG